GCCACAAAGCGGUCUGAACUGCGCAUGCGUGGAGCUAGGCGGCUUGAACGAGAGAGAGAGAGAGAGAAAAGCCUUGCCUGCGCGCAUGCGCGUUGGAGACGGCUUCCUUAAUGGCGGCGUCCUUUCUGAGGCGAUUUUGAGUGCGAGUUGGCUGGUUGCAGUGCCACGAUGGCGUCUCGGCGGUUGACACGGGAGGCCUUUGAAGCCCUGGCGCAGACCAAGGCCAAGCAGUUCCACCUUGAUCAGAGCGACGCCAUUGAUGUGGCACUCCGUCAGCUCAGAGCUCAGACGCGUCCCGUCCCCCGAACGCAGUACGACGAUGACGAAGGGGAUUUCCGUGACGACGGGAAGUUCGGGACCAGUGACUGGCGAGAGGAGUUGAGAGACGACUACUCUUUACCUACGUACAGAUCUGGCAGCCAGGUUGCCGAAGAGGACGACUAUUACGACAAAAGCAGCUCCCAACAAGCGCCCCGCGGCCGGGACUACCUCCAGCAGGAAUACGGCCACUCCUCUUCCGCAGAGAGGGAUUACCGAGACCGGAACUACAGCCGCCUGGCCUCCCGCGAGCAGGACUACGGCCACGACGUCUUGGCUCGAGAGCUGUCCAAGCGCCACAACGCCAGCUACGGCUCUGCGGAGCUUUUGGGAGACUUCCGGGGUUCAUUGGGGGCUUUGGAAGAGACUGCGCGUGGAUCUAAUUACAACAUGGACUUUCGCAUUGGGAGAGAGUUCGGCCUCUCUUUGCCCGUCGGGAGGGGACGGGGAAUGCGAGGCAAGCGUGGCGCAACAGCACGCAACAACGCGGAGCUUGCCAUCCCUGCUCAAAAAUGGGGGGCUAAGAACGUGCCCCUGGCGGACGCAACAGCGGUGGUCUCCCAGCGCCCGCGGCUGUUCUUGAACCCCGUGGAGAACGAGUUCAAGCUGAAGCCGGCGGACCCCACGGAUAUCUUCUCCACCUUCGGGAUGGAGAUCAUCAAGUGGGCCGGCUUUGACGAGAUCCAGCACGACCUGGAGUACGCGGAGCACUUCCGGGCGCUCUUCACGCUGGAGACGGAGACCUGCGCCAAGAUGCUGGCCUCCUUCAAGUGCUCCCUCAAGUCGGAGCACCAGCGCUUCUGCCUCUCCAGCGUGAAGAUGCUGCAGCACCUGGCGCUCAAGGCCCCCAAGGUGGACAGCCAGUUCCUCAGCCUCCUCAUGGAGAAGAAGGUCAUGGCUAAGAAGAACGACUUCUUCGAGGUCAUCGGCCCCUUCGACCGCUACGUCAUGCGGCUCCAGCACUACAUGCUGAAAAGCGCCACGCCGCUCCUCAUGGCCUGCAACGGCUACGAGCUCAGCAUGAAGAGCAGCGGCGUCAACAAGCCGGCCCAGGUCCCCGUGGCUUUCGAGACCACCGUCUCCCUCUGCCGCAAGGCCCUGGCCCUCCUCGGACAGACCUUUGCUCUGGCCACGGCCUUCCGGCAGGAGAAGAUCCUCGAAGCCCUCAGCAUUCAAGAGGCGGCACCGCCCGCCACCUCCUUCCCUAAUUUCGACACCUCCGCCUUGUUUGGGAAGGAGUACAUCGAGCACCUGAAGGGCUGGCUGGAGAAGAGCGGCUGCCAGAUGCGCCUGAAGCUGCCUCCCGCUGACACACCGCCGGAAAGCGCAAGGAACGCCUCGGAAGCCCGGCCCAAGAUUAAAAUCCCUCAGCGGGCCGACCGGAAAGUCAUCUCCACAGUCGAAAAACUUGUCGACGACAUAGUCUCCGGUUUGCUGUCGGAAAAAGAGAAAGCUGAGCUCAGCGACAAUCCUGACUAUUGGUUCUUGCAGGAGGAGGAGAGCUUGGAGCACAAGUAUUACAAGUUGAAGCUGUCCGAAGCAGAGCGUCUGGCGGCCAAGUCGGGCUCGCGGAAGGAGGAGGAGGAGGAGGAAGAGAAAGUGGCCGCCGCGAAGAGGCGGGAGGAGGAGGCCCUGCGGCGGGUGCUGUGCGCCAAGAAGAUCGCCGGCCUGAAGAAGAAGCUCUCCCGGGGCCGGCGGCCAGGGAUCCUCCAAAGGGCCGCCCGGGCCCGGAGAGCCAGGAGGGCCCACGUGGAGACGCAGACGCUGCUCUCGGCCGGGAUGAUGCUCAAGCCGCAGGCGGAGGAGGAGGAGGCCCAGGGACCGUCCCACACAGCCGGCAGCUCCGUCUCCACGGCCAGCGAGGCUCCCUUGGACCCCCAAGACGCAGCCUUGGAAUCCCAGUUUUCGGAUGUGGACCCCAAAACCAUGGUCACGGCUCGGAAGCUGGCCACGUUUGUCGCCGAAGUGGGGCCCGAGAUCGAGCAGUUCAGCAUCGAAAACAGUGCGGACAACCCGGAUCUCUGGUUUCUGCAGGACCCCGAGAGCUCGGCCUUCAAGUUCUACCGGACGAAGGUCCGCCAGCUCCGCCCCUCCAUCCGCUUCGGGGCCGAGGAAGAGGCGGAGGGAAGGGAAGGCGGGGAGGAGCCGGACAAAGCGGAGGAGGAGGAGGAAGGGCCGUCCACAGGAGGGGGGUCCGCGGAGCCCCCCACGGCCUCCCCCGCCAAGGGGACCCCCUUCGGCCGCAAGCGCAUGAGCAGCAAGACCUUGAAGGUGGGCCUCAUCCCGGCCUCCAAGAGGGUCUGCCUCAUCGACGAGCCCAAAGUUCAUGAUCCUGUUCGCAUCGCUUACGACCGGCCGCAUCGCUAUCAAGCCGACCGGAGCAAGAAGCCAAAGUCCAAGGACUUGGAGUUCCACCACAAGCGGCUGAACCAGAAGAACAUCGGCUUCCAGAUGCUCCAGAAGAUGGGCUGGAAGGAAGGCCUGGGCCUCGGGGCCGAAAGCAGGGGCAUCACGGAGCCCGUCAAAGUGGGCUCCACCUCAACCGGGCAGGGCCUGGGCGUCGGCGGGAAGAAAGAAGACACCUUUUCCUCCUUCCGCCAGAGAAUGAUCCAGAUGUAUUACAUGAAAAGAGCCGGGAAGUAGAAUCCUUUUCACGUGGAUUUAUAAUACUACCCUUCAGAGGAAAAUGCAGAAUUUCCCAUCCGGCUUCGACGUCGCAUCCUUUUCGGCAUCACGAAGAAGUAAUGGCCGGUUGGAACCAAAAAUACAUAUUUUGUUUUGUCGACAUCUUGAAAUGAGCCUUUCUUUGGUUUUCGGAUUCUCGCAAUCUCGCAAAGAUGUCCUCGUCGGGAAAAAACAAAUCUGGAUUUGAAUUGUCAGCCCUAGUUUUUGAGAUUACGGAAUUAUAUCUACUCGUCGACAUCUUGAAACGAGUUCUUUGUUUUUCGGAUUCUCGCAAUCUUGCAAAAAUAUCUUCAUCGGGAAAAAAAAUAUUUUGGAUUUUGCUCGGAAUCUUUUCCAAAUACCGACACCACUCUCAAUGGCUCGAUGGUAAAAAAUGACAAUAUUUUUCCUCUAUCGGAUCUUGUUUUUGAGAUUACGGAAUAUAUUUCUACUCAUCGCCAUCUUGAAACGAGUUCUUCUUUGUUUUUUGGAUUCUUGUAAUCUUGUGAAAAUAUCCUCGUCGGGAAAAAAAUAAUUUGGAAUUUUGCUCAGAAUCUCUUCCAAAUACCGACACCACUCUCAAUGGCAAAAAAUGACACAAUUUUUCCUCGUAUCGGAUCUUGUUUUUGAGAUUACGGAAUAUAUAUCUACUCAUCGCCAUCUUGAAAUGAGUUCUUCGUUUUCCGGAUUCUCGUAAUCCCGCAAAGAUAUUCUCGUCGGGAAAAAAAAUAAUUUGGAUUUUGCUCGGAAUCUCUUCCAAACGCCGACACCACUCUCGAUGGCAAAAAAUGACACAAUUUUUACUCGUAUCGGAUCUUGUUUUUGAGAUUACGGAAUUUAUAUCUACUCAUCGCCAUCUUGAAACGAGUUCUUCUUUGUUUUUCGGAUUCUCGCAAUCCCGCGAAGAUGUCCUCGUCGGGGAAAAAACGAAUCUCGAUUUCGCUCGGAAGCUCUUCCGAAUCCCGACUUGCGAGCACAAUUUCGAGACGUUAUGGUCCAAAGUUCCUAAAAUAAACGAUAACCCAGGAUACUUUAAGGAUGACAUUUCACAAUUUGUGACUUCCAAAUUUGUUGGGAGACCGGAGUUUUUGAGAAAGGCUCGGCUUUUUCUCCUGGUUUCCAAGCGGCCGAGCGCGGAUACGGAAGCUUCGCAGAGUUUCGCGGAUGCGGAAGUUUCACGAAUCGAAGACAACGAAUCGGAUACGACCGGAAUCCCCUUGCAGACAAUUCUGCGGUGACGUGGUUAUACUUUCCUAGCACUGUUUACCUUUUUUGUUGGGAACGUUUUCUAUAUGUAUAUUUCCCCUUCGUAGUGCUUCUCGGUGGGAGGUUGUUUGGUUCUGCUCCCGUUCCUUGUGGCGUUCGAUGAUCGUAUUGUUUGUUGGCGGAGGGACCGUCCCGCCCGAGGUUGACGUUGCUUCUCAAGGUGUUUCGACGGCAUGUAACCCUUUUAUUUUUCAAAAAAAAUGUCCAAUAAACGAGGGGGAAAAGGGA